AUGGACAGGCCAAAAGUGUCGCCAGCCCCAGCCGACAAGGUCAAGACAGCCGCCACCCCGCAAAGCCUUGUCAAUAACUCUCCCAACCAUCACAGUAACCUUACGGCUUCGAAUCUUGACGAUCAAAAACAACCUCAGCAACGCGCACAAGUAUUGUCUCUGUCCACGGUCUCCAGGGACAUCCGCAGGAUACUUGGACGUAUCGGUCGAGACCAGCUCGAAGCCGCUCCGGGCUGGCCCCCCAAAUCGACAAUACACGAUUUCCCAACCUGGUUCAUUUAUUCGGGAAAACGCAAAUACCCAGAGGCUGGACUAUCUGAAGAAGUUCAAGUCGACCAGGCAGAUUGCAAAGGAGAAGAGAGGGGCCAAGACAAAGAUGUUUUCUGGCCAAGAGACCUGCUCAAAAAUGACUUCCCCAAGGCGAGGAUCAUGACGUUCGGCUACAACACCAAUAUUUCCCGAGGCUACCAUGCCGCACAUCAAGGCAACAUUUUCUCCCACGCGAGAGACCUAUUAUACGACUUAGAAGCAAAGAGAAGGAAGGCAGCGGACCGAGAUUUGGUCUUUAUCGCGCACUCGCUCGGUGCGAUCUUGGUGAAAGAGGUGUUGCGGCGUUCUGAGACUGAUCCAGACGCAAAGGUUAAAAAAAUAUUCACGUCGGCUACUGGGGUCUUCUUCUUUGGCACUCCGCAUCGAGGAAGUAAGGACUGGGCGUCUUCGGGGGAGGCGUUGCGGGCGUUGCGGGUCAUCUCUUGGGCGUGGACACGAAUAAUCAGGUCAUUCAUGCGCUGUUGCCCAGUGGUCCUAAACUUGAACUGUGCCGGGAGUCGUUCACGACACAAUGGGUACAACGCGGGAAUAGUCUUGUCUUAA